AUGAGCACCGACGAAUCCCAGGACAUCGACUCGGCCACCACCGCCGUCCAACAACCCGACAACAAGACUCGCCGCUACGACCGCCAGCUCCGUCUUUGGGCCGCGUCGGGCCAGAAUGCGCUCGAGUCCGCCCGCAUUCUUGUCCUCUCCGCGUCGGCGACCUCCAACGCCGUCCUCAAGAACCUCGUACUCCCUGGCAUCGGGCACUUCACGCUUCUCGACCCCGCCACUGUCUCCGCCGCCGAUGCGGGCAAUAACUUCUUCCUCGCCGGCCCCGCGAGCGUGGGCAAGCCCCGCGCGGCAGAGGCCGUGCCCCUGCUCCGCGAGCUCAACGAGAGCGUGCAGGGUGAUGCUGUGAUCAAGCACGUCGACGACCUGCUCGCGGACGACGACGGGCGCGCCUACAUCCGCGGGUUCUCGCUCGUCAUCGCGCACAACUUGCCCACUUCGUCUCUUGACAGCCUCUCCCGUCUCCUCUGGGAGGACAUCGGCGAUCCGCCACUUAUCGUCGUCCGUUCGGCCGGGUUUCUCGCCGACUUUUUUAUCCAGUUCCACGAACAAUGCAUCUCCCAGCCGCACACCGACGAGACGCCCCCAUCGCUGCGCAUCACCCGCCCGUUCCCCGCCCUACUCGAGUGGGCGCGCGAGCUCGACCUCGACAACAUGGAUCCCACAGAUCACGGGCACAUCCCAUUCGUCGUCAUCCUCGUCCGCAUCGUCGAUGACUGGCGCCGCGAGCACGGCGGCGCGCUCCCGGCGACCUCCACAGAGAAGCAAGCGUUCAAGGCGGCCGUGCGCGCGCUCCGGCGCAAGCCUGAUGAGGAGAACUUUGACGAGGCAGAGGCGCAGGCAUGGCGCGUGUGGGCCGAGCCUGCCGUGCCGUCCGACAUUGCGGCGCUCUUCACGCUGCCGCCGCUCUCGGGCGCGGACGCACCACUGAGCGAGACGACGCCGAACACGGCGUUCCACGCGCUGCUGCGUGCGCUAGCGGCGUUCGUGCGCAGCGAGCGCGGGCCGGGGGCGCUCCCGUUGAGCGGCGCGCUGCCGGACAUGCGCACGGACACGACAAGCUACGUGCGCCUGCAAACGAUCUACAAGGACCGCGCACGCGUGGAGAAAGCGCUGUUCGGGGCGCUGCUCGCAGAGGAGUGCCCCGAUGUGGCGCCGCACGUCGAUCCGGAGGAGCUGGAUACGUUCGUGAAGAAUGCGCACCAUGUGCGUGUGCUGCGCGGGCGGCGGUGGGGCGCGUGGGCGGCGGACCGUGCGGCGGUGGCGUCCUCGCUCGAGAUGGUCCCGCGGGAGACGGCGACGCACCUUGCGCUGAAUGCGCUGUCGACGCUCUUGAACGAGGGGCCCGACGGAUCGAAGGUCAGCGCAGAGGCGCUCACAGAGGAGGUGCAGAAGGUCGUCGGCGAGGGCGUCGCGCUGCCGUCGGAGACAGAGGACGCGAUCGGUGAGCUAGCGCGCGCGCCAACUGCGGAGUUGCCGAACACGGCGGCAUUCGUCGGUGGUCUGGUCGCGCAAGAGGCGAUCAAGAUGAUCACGCGGCAGUAUGUACCAGUGGAUGGUUAUUGCGUCGUCGAUCUGGUAGACUCGUGGACGGGUCUUGUUGGGCGAUGACCAAUGUGUAGGUGCGAUCAAAUCCGGUGUGGGAGGAAGGAUCUGCAGUGAUAUCCGGACACGGUCGAGGAGCGUUUGUGAUUGUAUACUAGCUAGAAUGACAAAAGAAAUGAAUUAGCCGCGUGGAACCAGCU